AUGGAUCUGGAAACCAAUUCGCAGUUUAUUAAACCCACGCAGUCGACCGAUCAGGAUGUUCAGGAUGCUCGCGAUCUCGCUGCCCUGGGCCAUGACCAGGUGCUCUCGCGCAAGUUCAAUAUGUGGAGUAUGCUUGCGCUGGCUUUCUGUGUGCUAGGAACGUAUUCGACCUUUGCCCAGGAUCUCAGCAGCGGGCUCAGCAACGGCGCGUCAGUCACGAUUCUCUGGGGCUUGUGUCUCGUCACGGCAUGCAACAUCUGCGUCGCUCUAUCGCUGGGCGAACUCACUAGCGCCAUGCCCACCGCAUUAGGCCAGGCGUACUGGGUCUUCCGACUGUGGAAUACCCCUCUGGGCCGAUUCGUCUCGUACAUGUGUGCGUGGAUCAACACGUUUGGAUGGUGGACUCUCACCGCGUCGCAGGUCGCCUUCAUGUCUGAUUUCCUGCUGGGCAUGAAGACCAUGUUUAACCCCGACUGGGACGGGGCCAAGGGCUGGGUGGAGUUUCUCAUCUUCAUUGCGGUGGUGCUGGUGUUGACACUGAUUAACGUGGUGGGAUGUCGGAGGGAGAAGAUCCUGCCGUGGUUGAACAACUUCGUCGGGGUGUGGUUUACGGGGCUUUUUGUGGUGUUGUCGUUGGCGUUGCUGAUCUCCGUGGGCACGAAGAGUGAGCUGUCGUUUCAGCCUGCGUCGUUUGUGUUUGGGAAGUGGAUUAAUGAGACUGGCUGGAGUGAUGGGGUGAUCUGGUUUACGGGGCUGGUGCAGGCUGCGUAUGGCCUCACGGCGUUCGACUCGGUCAUCCAUAUGGUCGAGGAGAUUCCUGCCCCUCGCCGCAACGCCCCGAAAGUCAUGUAUCUGGCUGUCUUGUUUGGUGCGAUCACAGGCUUCAUCUUCAUGCUCGUCUGUCUCUUCUGCAUCCAAGACAUUGACAAAGUCGUCGACCCGCCCAGCGGCCAGCCAUUCAUCGAACUCAUGCUGGAAACCGUGGGUCUCAAAGGCGGCGCCACCCUCAUCGCCCUCUUCAUCUUCAACGGCCUGGGACAAGGCAUCAGCAUCCUCACCACCGCCUCCCGCCUCACCUGGGGUUUCGCCCGCGACGGCGGCCUCCCCUGGAGUCGCUACCUCAGCCACGUCGAUACAACCUGGCAAGUGCCCGCGCGCGCCCUCUGGUUCCAGGGUGUGAUCAUCGCCCUCGUCGGCAUCCUCUACCUCUUCGCCAGUACCGUCCUCGAAGCCAUCCUCAGCGUCUCCACCAUCGCCCUCACCAUCUCCUACGGCAUGCCAAUCACCGCGCUCCUCGUGGUGGGCCGUGAUAAACUCCCCCCGGGCCAGUUCAGUCUUGGCCGAAUGGGUCCCCUCCUCAACUGGGUGAGUAUCAUCUACUGCGCUAUUACGACGGUAUUCUUCUUCUUCCCUGGUUCGCCGAACCCGGCCCCGGGGGAUAUGAACUACGCCAUUGCCGUGUUUGGAGUCAUGCUGGUUAUUGCGGUUGGGUUCUGGUUUAUCCAGGGGAGUAAAACGUAUCUGCAGACGGAGGAGGCGAUUUCGCAGAUGAUUCUGGCGCAGAGAUUGGAGAAUGAACGGGAGCAGGCUGCUACUGUCGAUGCUCCGGAGCGGGAUAAGAAAUAG